AGGAAGGAGGCACCAGGGGAACAUGUAAGGGACUAGCCUAGUUCCCCAUGUCCACUGACCACAUGCCACUGCCAGGAACAAUUUCGACUGGCCAGCUAAACCAGGUGAGGGUAGCUGAUGGGUCUCAAACCCUCUGUGAGUUGGGGACUUGCGCUGCUUGUGAAGACAGGCUCCAGCAGACUGAGAACAAUAGUGGGUCCAACGGUCAAGAAGAUGGCUUCUGGCUUCUGAACAGCAGAAUGUAAUGUCUGACGUAAUAAACCAGAAAUGGAAGCUGAGGGAAGUCAAUAGGGAGGGGGGAAAUUGGAAAAUGAAUGUUAUUGAUAUUGGAUAUUGGUUAUGAGAAAAAUAAAGUUAAUUUUAAAAAAUAAAGAGAAGAUGAUUGCUUCUGCCUGUGCUGUAGAAGGAAGUGAGGGACAGUUGAGGAUCAUCAACCUGGGAAGGGACGCCAUUGAGGAGAAGGAAAACUCUGGUCCUAAAUCUCCGCUACCUUGCAGGACAUCUUUGGGAGAAGAAAAGGUUAAGGAGUAAAUGCUACACAAAUCAGGAAUGGAGUCCCUAAGAUGGUUGGAUGGCGCCUUAUACGCCUCCUUCCAGCAACUUCUGCAGCCAGGCUGGUGCCAAACAUCUUGCUCUGCUUUCCUUUAGCAAGGUGAAGAGGCGGGUCUUUGUUAGGAUAUAGUUCCACCUUAAAAGGGAGCAGGCAUGACUGUUGUGUGUCACAUGCCUGUUUACAUUUCCAGCACAGUCUGCUGGGAACUUCCGUUUGUAUAUUGCUUUUGCUUUUUGCUGUUUUGCUGGAGACGAAGGAAGCAGACAUGUUUUUCCUUUGUUCCUGAACUAUGCUGAAUAAAUGCUGUAAAUCAUGCUUGCACAUGUCUCUGUCCGCCACUUCCGUUGUGAGGAUUUAUUCACUCUGCCGAUAAGAGCGUGCACAGCUUCUAAACGUAUCUGAGGCUCAUGUCGCUGAUUGAUGCUGCUCCAAGGGAGACUGGUGUUCGUCUGGCUACUGACCGGUGGCUGGAGCCAGCUUGGGGGGGCUGCCAAAUGCCCCCGUCUCCCCAGCAGUAUCCCAACAUCGAGGCAGCCCAGGACCUCCCACUGCCCACGCAUGUGCCUCAGGGACGUCACCUCAGUCCUGCUAACGCAACUGUUUGACUUCACCCUCAGAGGGACACUUCAUGGUCUCUUGAGACAGACAGAUGCAGCCAUUAGAUAGAAACCAAUUAGAUAGAAACCAAUGAUUUUUUUUUUUAAUGCAGUUGCUCCUAGAAGCCCCAGCCUCUAGUCACAACCUCUAGGUAUUCCCCACUCCACCCCUCCCCCAUUUUCCCCUCUAUUAUUUUUAAUGAUUUUUAUUGGUUUUACAUAUACCGGUAAUCGCAUUACGUAACACCCUAUCCUCUUAUUUUAUCUCUUUGGCUCAACUGAGCCUAACUUCCCUCCCUCCCGUCUAAUAGUUUACAAAAUUAAACUUUGCAUCUUUACAGUUCACUUCAUUUCCUAUCCUUGUUACAUCAUUACCUAAAACAUUAAAUGACUCAGCCUGAAUAGGUAGCAAUUUCAUCUUACAAAUCUUCAGAUAACCCUGCUAGUGAUGUUAAUUGCUUACAGUUAUCUUUCAAAUAUAAUAUGACUUGAUCCCAGUCUUUUUGGAAUGCUUGGUCUCGCUGGUUCCGGGUUCUUCCCGUCAGUUUCAUCAGUUCUGCAAAGUCCAUCAACUUCAUCUGUUGUUUCCAUCUCUGGGCUAACAAAAUUCUUGCCACAGUUGUUGCAUAUAAGAGCAAUAUUUUUUUUUCUUGUCUCGGUAUCUCUUUACCCACUAUACCCGAUAAAAAAGCUUCUGGGUUUUUUUUAACAAAAGUGUUUUUAAACAUUUUCUUUAACUCACCAUUUCCCUCUCUAAGUUUCAGUUCAGCAGGCGGCAAGCAGCCGGCUUGCUGGUCAGUGCAUGUGUGUGAAAGCUGGGCAGACUGGGAGCCUCCUUGCCAUUGUCUGAGUUGCCUGGCAACUAGGUUACCAUGGAGACGUUUGUACACUGGAGGCCUGGACCAAAAGGACAGACCAGUACAAGGCCCUGAGAGCUGCAGGAGAGGAUGUUGACUUGGCAGGUGAGAGAAGGGUCACAGAGUGGGAGAAACCGAAAAGUGGGGUUUUUAGGGUAAGGGGGAGCCUGGGACCUUGUGUUUCACCCCUAUAUCACCACCCCACUCCUGUCCUUUCCCUCGUGGAUGUAUUUGCCUCUGCAUGGGAAGAAGAUUGACAGUUUUCAUUUCAAAGGCAAAUCAGCCUACAUUCUCACUUGCCAAAAGUAUGCAAACUAAGACACAGCUUUCCUUCAAAGUCCGUAUUCCUCUGAAUUUUGCAAAGCGGUUCCCUAACCAAAUGAUGUGUGCAUAUAUACUGUCCAGGGUAAAGUGUGCCUAAAAAUGCAUAUAUUAGUGAAAAAAUAUAACAUAUUAGGGAAGAUUGCUUUGCAGAAAUGUGAAUAUUGGGUAGAAUUGUGUAACGUGUAGCAGGAGAAAACUCUGGUGAAUUUUCAAGGAACUUUUCAAGGGACUUUUUUUUAAAAAAAAUCACACAUGGGGAGAACAGAUCUUAAGAGUGGAAAACCUGAGAGAAGGCAAAAUGGGACAGACGGAAAUCCCCAGGUGUCAAAACAGGUUAUUUAUGUAUGCCACUACUGCGGCCCGUGUUUUGUUAGCCCAAAAAUGGAAAACGAGUGAGGUCCCAACCAAAGAAGAAUGGCAACUUAAGCUGACAGAAUAUGCACAGAUUGCAGACUGCACAAUUAACAUAUAGAAUAUGUCAAUUAACAUAUAGAAUAAGAGAACAAAAAGAACAUACAUUUAGAGAAGAUUGGGAAACGUUUACUGAAUAUAUGGGGGGAAAUUGUGUACACUUGGAAACGUUGGCAGCAUUAAGAUAAAUUCAACAGUGUAAAUAGGUUUUGAUGGAUGCAAUAAUGGAAUACAGAAUGGUUUAGUUUAUGUAAAAUAUGCAGUGAUUUAUGGUAUGCAAAAUGAGCCAUGGAUAGAGAAGAAGGGAAGUCAUUGAUAUCUUAAGGAUGUUUAACUGAGUAUUUUAAAUUGCAAAACAAAAUUUAAUACUAUAUAUAUGAGAGAGAGAAUGUUGGGAUGCAAAGAACAUGGGGGUGUUGGGGCAAUUUGUUGUUGUUUAGUCAUUUAGUUGUGUCCAACUCUUCGUGACCCCAUGGACCAGAGCACACCAGGCACUCCUGUCUUCCACUGCCUCCCGCAGUUUGGUCAAACUCAUGCUGGUAGCUCUGAGAACACUAUCCAACCAUCCGGUCCUCUGUCGUCCCCUUCUCCUUGUGCCCUCCAUCUUUCCCAACAUCAGGGUCUUUUCCAGGGAGUCUUCUCUUCUCAUGAGGUGGCCAAAGUGUUGGAGCCUCAGCUUCAGGAUCUGUCCUUCCAGUGAGCACUCAGGGCUGAUUUCCUUCAGAAUGGAGAGGUUUGAUCUUCUUGCAGUCCAUGGGACUCUCAAGAGUCUCCUCCAGCACCAAUGGAGCAAUAAUGGAGUUUAACUGAGUGUAUGUUGUGUGGGUGGUUUGGACCUCUUCACUGGCUUAUUAUUUUGGCUCAAGCACUGCUUGGCAGUGGCAUACGGGAACAGGGCCAGUUUCAUGGAUUCAAACCCUGGUCUCCAAGGUCCUAGUCCCACCCUAUAACCACAACGCUACACCUGCCACUCAUCCUCCAAGGCUUCCCAAUGGGAUUUUAAUGGUGGGCAAAUGUCAUUGCUUCAUCUGAAUGGGAGACAAAGUCAGCGCCUAUCCAUGGCGGCUGCCCGCCAUCUUAAUUUAAGCAAAAUGCAAUGCCCCAACCUUUAAAUCCAUAAGGUCUAUGAGGCUGAGUUUUAUAGAUUUCAUAGGACUAUAUAGGCUGGAGCAUUGAAUUUUGGGUAAAUUAAGAAGGCUGGCAGCCACCAAGUAUGGGAGCUGAGCUUUGCUCCCAUUGAAAAAUAGCACUGCCACUCACCGGCUCCUAAAAUGAAUGUCCAAGGGGCUGACAGAGAGGUGCUGAGAGGUGUCGCAGCUGAGUGUCAUAGACUGGCUGGAGAUAGAGGAGUGAUGGGAGGCACCAGCUGGGAAAUCCCCAAGGGAAGAAGGUUCAGAACCUUGGUGGUGGGAGGAUGGCAAGUGGUCAGAGGGAGAAGACUUCAGGGAGGAGGCAUCGGAAGCUGAAAAGGCCACAGGGUUUCGUGAGCAGGAAGAGGUUGUGACAGAUGGCAGUUCAAACUUCAAGGCUGAAGCAGAGGCUGGAGAGGGAUGGGGCCAGGAGACAGAGGGGCUGGCUGCUGAAGAAGCCAGGGUGUCAUUGUCAUCCCCUGUUAUGACCAGCUCCCCUCCCCACUGGUCUCCUAGGACAUGCAGAGAAAUGAAAAGAGCAGAGCAGAGAUUAGUUGUGUGCAGGUACAGUCUGAGAUUGCUUGGGGAAAGCCCAUGAGAGGAGCAAAAAGGGUUUUCUUGUGUGUGUGUUUCUUUGUGGCAGAUUAGCUGCUCUCCCUGUGCAAAGGUCAGAGGGGGCAGGGUUUCUGUUGAGGCAGGUGAUUAGCUGUGGGAGGAGCUUAUCAGCUGCUCCAGAGAAGUGGACACGGAGCAAUGGAUCCAAACUACAAGAAAGAAGAUUCCACCUAAACAUUAGGAAGAACUUCCUGACAGUAAGAGCUGUUCGACAGUGGAAUUUGCUGCCAAGGAGUGUGGUGGAGUCUCCUUCUUUGGAGGUCUUUAAGCAGAGGCUUGACAACCAUAUGUCAGGAGUGCUCUGAUGGUGUUUCCUGCUUGGCAGGGGGUUGGACUCGAUGGCCCUUGUGGUCUCUUCCAACUCUAUGAUUCUAUGAUUCUAGGAAGAGCCUUAGAGAGUGGUGGAACACAGGGACCUUCAGUCCUCGCUGUUGGGGUGCUGCCAGGAGACGGGGGCGUCUGGCAGGCCCCUAGCUAGCUCCAGCCAGCAGCCGGGCGAAACUCCGGUUCUCGGAACAGCAUCAAAACUGCGACUCAAGCCUCAGAAGCCUUCAGAGGCUUAAGCAUACAAGCCAGCAGAGAAAAAACUCUUUGCAGCAGAAGUAGCGGACAGAGACAUGUGUAAGCAUAUUUACAGCAUUUAUUCAGCAGCAGGACAAUGGAAAAACAUGUCUGCUUCUCUUUGUGUCCAAGCAAAACAGCAAUAGCAAAAGCAAUAUACAAAAGGAAGUUCCCAGCAAGCCUGUGCUGGAAGUAAACAGGCAUGUGACACACAACAGUCAUGCCUGUUCCUUUUAAGGUGGAAUGGAACUAUAUCCUAACACUCACAACUGCCUUGCUAGACCAAGACCAACUGGGAAGACUUGCUAGGAUCAUCAUCAUUUUUUAUUUGUAUGCCGCCUUUCCACAGUUAAAAAAACAAUGCUCAAGGCGACUUACAGCAUGACAAGAUUUGCAUAAUUACAAAAGUCAUAAACAAUAAAUAAAGCACAUCAAAAAAAUACACAACCAUAUGGAAAACAAUUUCCACAUAAAUCAAAAUCUAAAACUAAGAAUACAGCAUUAUUUAUUUAAAAUGACAUAGGUAAAAAAUAACAGCAGUUUAAACAAAAAACGAAACAAAAUGGAGCCCUCUCUGCCCAGCGGCAGCAGUCCUUUAUAGAGCCCAUCAGGUCCCGCCCUAGGCCAGGUGGUGAGUGGCAGGACUGGGGCUUUCAGGCGCUGAGCAGGGAUCACUAGACCUGCGCUACUUUAGUUUCUUUGAGACCCUGGUAUCUUUAUUGCUGACCUGAGCUUGAUUCCAGCUCCUGACAUUGGGUCAGGCUGGCAGGAGCUCCUGGGGGCUAGUGCUGGACCUCGCCAAAGCUGGCACCAACCACAACUAGGAAAUUCACCAUCAAGGUCACAGGUAACCUGUCUUGUCCUGUCCUGUCCACUUUUCCCAUGAUGCACUCUGGAAAGCAAAGCAUGACCUGGCACUUUUCUCUUUUUGACCAACAGGGAAACUAUUGUCUUGCAUUGUAUCUAAAGACCCUCUGAGACAGAAGUUUUGUUCUCAAGGAAGUGGCUUUUUAAAAAAACAACAACACACACACACUCACCAUUGACUUUCCCCAAAGGUAAGUGUCAUUACAAAGGGGUGUGUGAGUGUUUAAUAGCAAUAUUUGCCCAGGCUUAAAUGUAGUAAAGUCCUGCCUUCCAGAGCUGGGGUGAGGAUUAAUGAGCAAGGUGGUGCUUAAGGAAAGCACUGGACAAAUGGCAGGUAAAGUAAAGGGACCCCUGACCAUUAGGUCCAGUCGUGGCCGACUCUGGAGUUGCGGCGCUCAUCUCGCUUUACUGGCCAAGUUUGGAAUAGAGUAGUUGCUUUGGAAGAUGAUAAUUAGGCAUCCUUACAAGAUGACAAGUCCAACAAAGUUAAUGUUGAAGAAUCAUUGCUUCGACACUGGUGAUCUUUGCUUCUUCCAGUACACUGGCAUUAGUUCGCCUGUCUUCCCAAGCGAUAAACAUAAAGGUACCCCUGACCAUUAGGUCCAGUCGCAGACGACUCUGGGGUUGUGGCACUCAUCUCGCUUUACUGGCCGAGGGAGCCGGCGUACAACUUCCGGGUCAUGUGGCCAGCAUGACAAAGCUGCUUCUGGUGAACCAGAGCAGUGCACGGAAACGCCGUUUACCUUCCCGCCGGAGUGGUACCUAUUUAUCUACUUGCACUGGCAUGCUUUUGAACUGCUAGGUGGGCAGGAGCAGGGACCGAGCAACGGGAGCUCACCCUGUUGUGGGGAUUCGAUCCACUGACCUUCUGAUCGGCAAGUCCUAGGCUCUGUGGUUUAACCCACAGCGCCACCCACGUCCCAUAAGUGGCAGGUAGGAUGAUGCAUUUAACAGAACAAGAUAACAGGAUUUAUUUCCUUUGGGGGAGUAAGCGCUGGAAGCUAAGGUUGCCUUUGCCAAUGGUGCCCCUCCAAGCGGCCAGCAGGAAUGUGCCAUGGGGCAUGUGGGGAGCAUCAGCGUGGGGAACCCAAACGACUCAACCGGGUGUCAUGUAGCUGAUGGGCAACGUAGGUCUCAGAGCCUGGUGGUUACCUGGCCCAUGCAAGAACCUGCAUGGAGCAGACAGAAUCACAUUCUGGACCUUCUAAUUCUGUGAUCUGCACAAGAGGCUCUCCAUGGCUGGCUUCUCCCAUCCAAAUGUUCCAGCAAUACUUUUUAAAAAAAUGUUUCCAUUCUUGGACAGGGUUUUGUAAGAGCAACACCCUCUGCAGCAAAUCUAAGCCUGUGUCCAUCUGCGAGUUCCGGCUGUGAGCCAUCACGCCUUCCAGCCCAAAAAAUGCUUGCUGGACGAGACGUGGUUCGUCAGAAGCCAGGCAGAAAAUGCCAAAGGCGCUGACUUGGCACUGAGGAGUUGUCUGCUUCUAGCUUGUGGCUGAAAUUCUAGUUAAAAGGCUCUGGUAUCACCCAUGAAACCGCUUCCUCUUUCUUAUCUGAAACAUCCUGUGUAAUUUCUUGCUAGCAGGCUCAGGAGACCCUGGCUAUGGGGGGCGUUUUCCUCUUUUGACACGUCUUUCUAUUUUCGUUUUCUCUUCUCUUCCCUUCGUAUAUCUGUUGUGGAAAACAAACACGCACGGCGUGGUUUUAGGAUGGCCAGCUUUUCAGCCAGACCCUCAAGCCUCUUUUUUUGCUGUUCAGCUUGAUCUGAAACUGUUAGCAAGGAGUACUGUUUGCUUCCACGCCAUGAGAAACAUCAACUGCUGGUGGCUGCAGGGCCCAAUGCAAAGCAGGCAGCCCUAGCCAUCAGAAUUGGGAAGCAAAAGUGGGCAGGGGGAAGUAGUGAGGGGGGCUUGGUCAGGCCCCUGAACUGGGCAUUAGACACCCCUGAUGUACAGAGUUGGAAAGCAUAAUGCAUUUGAAGUGUUAUUUCAGCGUUUUAAAUAGCCUUGUGUUAUUGUAACUCGCUCUACGCGGGGCUGCCCUUGAAGGUUACCCAGAAACUCCAGCGGGUGCAAAAUGCCACAGUGAGGCUCCUUACAGGGUCCUUGCCAUGCGAUCACAUUCAUCCAGUGCUUUACCAACUGCACUGGCUCCCGGUGGUGUACAGCGUCAGGCUUAAGGUGCUGGUUUUGACCUUUAAAGCCCUAUGCGGCCUAGGACCCACGUACCUAUGGGACCGCCUCUCCUGAUAUGCCCCACGGAGGACCUUAAGGUCCACAAAUGACAACAUUUUGGAAGUCCCAGGUCGCAAGGUGGUUAGAUUGGUCUCAACUAGGGCCAGGGCCUUUUCAGUACAGGCCCCGAUGUGGUGGAACGCUCUGUCACAAGAGACUAGGGCCCUGCGGGACUUGACAUCUUUCUGCAGGGCCUGCAAGACAGAGCUGUUCCACCUGGUCUUUGGUUUGGACUCAGUCUGACCCUUAUGCUUCCCUCCCCUUAUGGUUUUGAUGAGGCUGCAUUUUAAAUUGCAUUUUAACCUGUAUUUUAAACUGGUGUUUUUCCCCCCAUUAUGAUUUUACUGUAAUUUUACUGGUGUUAGCCGCCCUGAGCCCGGCUCUGGCCGGAGAGGGCGGGGUAUAAAAAAAGUGUAUUAUUAUUAUUCCCAUGGUCAAGCUGUUUGGUCUUCCUCUCUUCCAUAGCCCUCCUGCCAAUCAUCAAUCCAAUCUAAGUCGGCGAGAUAAGCAAAGAUGUCCAAAGGUGGAGCUCUCCAGAGAAAUAAGUUCACCGUGCGACACCAGAAGCGUUCGAGCGCCAGCGAAACGAACAAGAUGACUCCGGCGCAGAUGGCGCGCUACUUGGCCUUCGCUGACCCCAGUCAGCCCAAGGUGAAAGAGAUGCUGGCUGCCGUCCUCAUGAAGGACAGGAAUUUGGUGCCGGAAGAGGAAAAGGUGGCGGAACAGAAGAACCUCAUCGGGGUCCUAAAAGCCACCGAGGCUCGGAACCGCCUCCGGAACACGAGGCUCCAGUACCAGAAUCUGAGAGUGAGUUUGUAUGGGGUUUGGGGAGGGGGGGAGCGAUGUCAGGGACAGGCUAGAUGAGGAGGAGAGCUGGAGACCCCCUAACCAAGAGGAAACCAUAGUUCUUCAUUCUCUCAGCCCUAUGGGGUAGCUUAGAUUGUGUCACGGUCCGGUUCAUGGGCAAUCAAAGUCCUGGCAGGGGAUGUCAGGACCGCGGGCAAGAUGGCGGGGUGGGAGCAGGAACGGGGGUCCAGAAGCCAGGAGUCAGGAAGCCAAGCGUCCGAGGGUCAGAGAGCCGGCAGUCAAGAAGUCAGGGGUCCAAGGGUCAGGAAACAAGGAGUCACGAAGUCAAAGGUCCAAGGAUCAAGAAGCAAGGAGUCACGAAGUCAGGGGUCCGAGGAUCAAGAAGCAAGGAGUCACGAAGUCAGGGGUCCAAGGAUCAAGAAGCAAGGGGUCAUGAAGUCAGGGGUCCGAGGAUCAAGAAGCAAGGAGUCACGAAGUCAGGGGUCCGAGGAUCAAGAAGCAAGGAGUCACGAAGUCAGGGGUCCGAGGAUCAAGAAGCAAGGAGUCACGAAGUCAGGGGUCCGAGGAUCAAGAAGCAAGGAGUCACGAAGUCAGGGAUCCGAGGAUCAAGAAGCAAGGAGUCACAAAGUCAGGGGUCCGAGGAUCAAGAAGCAAUGAGUCAAGAAGCCUAGGUUCAAGGAUCAGGAAGCAAGAAGACAAACGCAGCAAGGCAGGAAGCGUGUUGCUGUAGCAAAGAGCCGAAGGGAAAUGCUGACCUUAUAUCCCUUCCCAGCUCUUGCCACCAGGUGCUGUGAGUUACCAAUCGGCCUCACCUGUGAGGCCACACCUUGCUUCUUCAGAACAAACUUAGGAAGGCCCCAGUCCUGCAAAGUCUUAUUGGUCACAGGGCCUGGCUCCUGCACGCACACCUGACAGAUUGAGUGUGAGCGACUGGCCCAAGGUCACCCAAUGAGCUUCAUGGCUGAGCGGGGAUUUGAACUGCAGUAUCCCAGGUCCUAGUCCAACACCCUAGCCAUUAUGCUAAAUCGGCACGUAGUAUCAAAGAGUACUGUGCACCCUGACUUCAGUAGGGUGAGGAUGUUUACCACUCUACUUCCAGCAAGAAAAUAUAUUUAGCUGAUCCUGCUUGCCCUGUGGCCUCUAGCCUCCAACACUCGUUUUCAUCUCACUAUAGGGGCAUCUACUUCAUCCUGAGAGCAGCAAAGAGGUUGGGAAAUGGAAGCACCAUUCAUGGGGACAUAGCCAGAGACAGCAAGGGGGUGUGGCAGAAACAGCCCAGAAUUCCUGGUCCAUGCACAGAUUUAGUUUUUUAGGGUUUGGGAAGUGUUAUUGCAUGCCAUUCCUAAAUGCAAACCCUGGGAAAGCUCCAUCGAGACCUAUUGGAAUAACCUGCCAACGCAGUAUCAAUGCCCCUCCAACUUUCCCUGUGUAAUCCCCGUGAGAAAGCUAGUUCUGGAAAAGUUGCUUAUUUUAGACCAGACUGCCUCCAUGGAAGGUAUUUUCUCUCUCGCGCUCGCUCACUCUAUAAUCCCAAACAACAUGAUGUCAUAACUUGGCCCCUGCUGUAACUCUGGGCUUGUUAUUUACAGCUCUUGCCAUAAAAUAUGCUAUAGUUAGCAAGCUUGGAACAGGACUUCGCAGCUGCCGCUGCUGCUACUGUCAAAACAAAGCGUUUUCUGUCCUUCCAAGGCUGGGGCUAUUCUGGCCAGUGAAACAAAGCCUCUCUCUUGGGGGUCUUUAACUGGCAAUAAACAACGACCCGCCCUUUGCAGACUCCCAAAAACCUGGCAACAAGCAGCGCAAUAUGUACACAGAGAUGCAUCUCCCAAGAAAACCCAGUGGCUUUUCAGAGAUUGUGCCUAGGGUGAUGGUUAGAUUUAGGCAAAUGGACGUGACAGGGCUGAGGCCUCGACAGACGAGUGUUUGGGACACUGGAGCCCAAUGAAAUCAGUUUGGGUUCAAGUUAGCUGUGACGAGGGGCGGAGGAGAAAUUUGCAUUUAAAGGCAAAGCUCAUUUGCACUUUCUGUAGCAACGGGAGCUCAAAAAAACACAGCCAUCCUUCAGAAUGUGCACUUCUCCAAAUUUUGCAAUGCUGUCCUCCAUCGAAAGAAUGUAUCGAAAACUGCACAUGCUGGAGUAAAGUGUUCAGCAAAGGGCAUAUAUUCAUGUAAAUCACAUUGCAAUAUGUAUUCUAUUGCUUAACCCCUGUAAAACUGGCUAAAAUUUAUAAACUAACAUCAAAUCUGUGUUGGAGAUGUAAGGUAUCAGAGGGAUCGUUAUAUCAUGUAUGGUGGGGAUGUGAUAAAAUUAAGAAAUUUUGGGGAAAUAUACAUGAGGAACUGAAAAUAUGUUUAAAACAACAAUAGGUAAGAAGCCGGAAAAAUUCCUUUUAGGAAUUGUUGCAAAUGACAUCCCAAAAGACAUGAAGAGAAUCUUUUUAUAUGCAACAGCUGCCGCAAGGUUGUUGAUUGCAAAAAAUUGGAAAUCAGAAGAAGUACCAACAUUGAAAGAUUGGCAAAAUAUUUUUUUGGAAAUGAUUGAAUUAGCAUAAUGGUACAUAAUGAAUUGUGAAAAUGUGAAUUUACGAAUAUAAUGUAUAUGUAUCAAUAUGUAAAGAUUUCAUACAUGUAUUGCAACAUUAAUAAUAAAUAAAUUAAGUGCAAAAGAAAGAGAGAGAGAAAGAAAGAAAGAAAGAAAGAAAGAAAGAAAGAAAGAAAGAAAGAAAGGGCGAGUUUAACUUCACCCUUUCCUCUCCCAACGCAAUCCUGAAUUCCGCCACCACCACCAGCACUACAGUUAGCUUUAGAGGGAAAGUUCCCAUUGCUACCUAACAGUCAGGGGUCCCCUUUACCUUUACCUUUAACUUGUUAAGAUAGAGUUGUACAUUUAUCCACUCCAUGUUUACAGUAUCUCCAGGCUUUGUCUUGCACAUGGCACCUUAGUAUAUUUGUUGUUUGACUGGUUAUAAGUCUAUCUCUAUCUCUGCCAUCUCUGCUUCCAAAGGCUAAUUGCAGUGCAGGUGGGAUUUUGCUGGAAUCACAGUAGGGGAGGGCAAGGAUAAACCGCCCUCCCCAUACACUGUGGUCCUGAUGAAAACCCUCCGCCCUGAACCUACUACUAUUUUUUACACUUACGUGCGGUUGCCAAGCAUGAAUGGGGGGCAGUUUUCCCCAACCGGGCGCCCUCCAGAUGUUCUGGACUGCAACUUGCAUCGGCCCCAGCCAGAACAGAUGUGCUGAUGGGUGUUGUGCCUGUGAAAACUUUCUUUAUCCUGAGCAAACCAUUUUGUAUGAUUGGCUUUUCGGACUGAUGAAGCGUGUAGCGAAACCUGUAAUAUAUCCAGAGAACAGAUCUCCUUUUGCCCACUUGCAUUAUUCUCACCAGGCUGGUGGCUUUGAUUUUCCUUCCUAUGAUUAAUCCAUGCAUACGGCUUUGUGUUUCCAAAUCAAGACCCAUUGAAGAACAUCUCAUCCAGUUCAAUCUUUGAAAAACAGCUUUGAAAAACUUUUUCAUAUUCUCCAGUGUGCAACCCUUGCCAUUAUGGCGGCACGGGGUUGCCGUUCUGUGAUUGGACUUACGCUACUUGUUGAACGGUUCAUUUAUCCAGUCUGUAUAAUGUUUACUGCACAUGUAACUUGUUAAGACGGGACGCGGGUGGUGCUGUGGGUUAAACCACAGAGCCUAGGACUUGCCGAUCAGAAGGUUGGCGGUUCGCAUCCCCACGACGGGGUGAGCUCCCCUUGCUUGGUCCCUGCUCCUGCCAACCUAGCAGUUCGAAAGCAUGUCAAAGUGCAAGUAGAUAAAUAGGUACCACUCCAGCGGGAAGGUAAACGGCGUUUCCGUGCACUGCUCUGGUUCGCCAGAAGUGGCUUAGUCAUGCUGGCCACAUGACCCGGAAGCUCUGUACGCUGGCUCCCUCGGCCAGUAAAGCAAGAUGAGUGCCACAACCCCAGAGUCGGCCACGACUGGACCUAUUGAUCAGGGGUCGCUUUACCUUUACCUUUACCUUUACCUUGUUAAGAUAGAGUUGUACAUUUAUCCACUCCAUGUUUACAGUAUCUCCAGGCUUUGUCUUGCACAUGGCACCUUAGUAUGUUUGUUGUUUGAAUGGUUACAAGUCUAUUUCUAUUCUAGCUAUUAUUCUAGUAAGUUUGGUUUUAUACUUCUAAGCCAGUUUGUGGUGUUGUUGUUUUGUUGUAUUAUUAUUACUGUCACCACAUUUGAUACUUUGUGCAUAUACUUUGAAUUAAGAGUACCAACUUGUUUGGAACUCAGGUCUCAGGAUUGGGAGAGAGUGCUGCCAUUAGAGUAGACAGCACUGGACCAAAGCUGCUUUAGACUGAACCUUUAGACUGGUUCAGUCUAAAGCAGCUUCAGUUCUUCAUUCAUUUCAUUCUCUUUCGACUCCAGGCACAAGAGAUCAACUUCCUGAUCUCCUUCCAGAGGAAUGCUAAAGGUGCUGUGAGGCUCGAGGUCUUCCUCCCACCCAGGAAGAACCUUAGAAAACUAGCAGACUGCAUGAACACAGUCCAGGUAUGUUGAACACACUAACUGUCUGGCAAAUAGUUCCUUCCCACUGACAUAUCUCUCCAUUUCCCGGUUCUGAAAGGGGGGCCCAUCAAGAAAGAAGGUCGCUUAGAAAUGUGGGGCUGCGCAGUUCCCUCCGCAGACAGCGUGCACAUGUCGCCGCAGAAUAUCGAGGAGGCCCGGCCCCCUCCUUUAAUUUUUUAGGGGGGGUCCUAGACCGCUCGCGGCCACCCCUAGAUGGCGCCCCUGAUUCAUAUGGUGGACCGUUUCCUGGGAAGACAAAGUGAUGGCCAUCAUCUUCAGUGGUUCUUUAAAAGCAUUCCGCUAGCUCACUGGGGCUGGAUCCACUGAUAGUUAAGAACAUAAAGGGAGCCAGCUGGGUCAGACCACAGCUAAUAAAUAGCCUUCUCCUCCAUGAAUUUGCCCGAUCCUCCUCUUCCUCUUCCUCCUCCUCCUCUUCCUCCUCCUCCUCUUCCUCCUCUUCCUCUUCCUCCUCCUGCUCCUACUCUUCCUCCUCUUCCUCCUUCUCCUCCUCAUCCUCCUCCUUCUUCUUUUUCGCAAACUUUACUGAGCACAGUGGUACCUUGGUUCUCAAUCUUUAUCCGUUCCGGAAGUCCGUUCCAAAACCAAGGCACCCUUUCCCAUAGAGAGUAAUGCAAAAUGGAUUAAUCCUUUCCAGACUUUUAAAAACAACCCCUAAAACAGCAACUUAACAUGAAUUUUACUAUCUAACGAGACCAUUGAUCCAAAAAAUGAAAGCAAUAAUCAAUGUACUGUGCUAUAAAAUAAAUGAGACAGUAUUGUAGAUGACAAAAAUUAUUAUCCACACAGUCAUAAAAACAAAUUAACCAAAAAGUCCUCUAAAACAAAAACGCAAAAUAAAAAGCAAAAACAAAAGCGCCAAACUUAAUCCAUUACGGAAGUCCAUUUGACUUCCGAAAUGUUCGAAAACCAAGGUGCAGCUUCUGAUUGGCGCUGGUGCCCCGAAAACAAUACCCGACAACUGCAUUGGAUGUUUGGCUUCCGGAAAACAUUCGAAAACCAGAACACUACCUCUGGGAUUUCGGCGUUUGAGAACCAAGGCUUUUAAGAACUAAGGUACCACUGUAUCUUAAAAACAGUUACCAAAUUUAUUUGUCUUCCAAGACAAAUACAUGUACAGAUGUGAAGUCUUGCGUGCUGCCAUUCACAAGGCGUCAAAACAAAUUUGGAGAAUCUUUUACAUUACAAAUUCAGCUCACAAUCCGCAGGGUGGACUUGAGAUAAUUUCUUAACUGGUGACUGCUGCAACUGAAAUGGACACGGGAUUGCUUCUGUUACUAUUGUUAAUAAACUAUGUGAACCGAGACCAUCUGCACACUGUUUCCUUUGCUUUGCUUUACAGAGAAGCCGUAUUGAAGAGAUUCUGGAAGAUGAAACGGGUGAGGUCUAUAUCAGAAAGCCUUGAAACCCCACAUAAGACAAGGCAGUAUAAGGGGAGGAGAUUAUGGAUGGAAGCCAGACAGAGACCAAAUCUCUGGACAGCUCCAACUUAGAAAAACUAUUGCUGUUCAAUAAACUUCAUGGAUUAUUAUCCAUGACUUAAGACAAAAAACAAAAAACCUCAUAGUUAGGGGUGGACAAAUCUGUUUCAGCUCCAUGUUAUUUUUGCAUGUGUUCACCCAAAAGUCUGUUCCAUUCCAUUUUUUUCCCAUUAAUCUUCGAGAUCUCCAAAGAUAUAUUGCAUUUAAAUGUGCAUUUUAGGCUGCAAUAGGACCUCUCAACAGUUGUGUAUAAGGCUGCGCGGUCAAAAUGCAAUUUUUGAAAACGUAAAUUGUUAAAAGUUUGGGGUACUUUUUCAAAGAAACGAUCGUGGCUAAACAUUCAGGAAGUACAAACAGCUGGCCAGUAACUUAACUGACAGAUCUGCACCGUGGUCAGAGAGGUCCUGAUCAGCAAAGAUGGGAUUCUCUCUCCAGUUUGCAGCUCUGCCUUUCAAAUCAAUGUGCGUGGUGCAGGGCCUAAAGCAUCCUUUGCCAAUCUGGGGCAUGGCUCUGCUUGCUGAGGCUGAAGGGAACUGUCAUUCAAAACAUCUGGAGGGCACCAGAGUGGCAAAGGUUUGCUAGAGCAUUAUGCCUGGGAUGGGAGAUGGCUGUUGAAGGAAUGCUGGACCUGAGAUUAGUCAUCUCUUGUUAGAGACAUGCUUUUCAGUUCAAAAACCUUUUGGUACUGAAGACCUUUCCUUCAGUGCAGUCCUGUGCCUAGUUAGCAAAAUAGCUGAGCAUCAGACUUGCAGAGUUUGCUGUGCUCUGUAGAGACUGAAUUCCUUCCAUUUAAACCCUGUCCAAAACAUGCAAUCCUGUGCAUGCUUAGUCAUGAAUGUGGGACUCGCAACAUCCUCAUUCCAUUGGUGAUGCAUGUGAAACCUCGUGAGAAGCAGGCACUGGCCCCAAUCCCCAUCCGUUCGCACCUCCUUGCUUCCUCCUCUGUCAGUUUUGUAUUUUCUGCCUCCCCGCCCAGCAACCAUAUAGCCUGUAACAACUACUAGGCUCUCUCUUCAACCCAAAAUAAAGCAGGGGGUCAGCAUGCAGUCAGGUGGUCCCUGGUCCAUGAGAUAGUGCCCCCCCCCUUCAUCUGCAGAGAAUGAGGCCUGCGGGAGUCAUUGCAUGAAUGAGAUGACUUCAUGGGAUUCAAAUGCUUAGAACGUGUUCCUAUAUAUGCCUGAUUCUAAGGUUUAACAAUACAAAAGUAGAUUCUACCAGGCUCAUUAAAAAGCAUAGGUAAAGGUAAAUGGACCCCUGACCGUUAGGUCCAGUCGCGGAUGACUCUGGGGUUGUGGUGCUCAUCUCGCUUUACUGGUCGAGGGAGCCGGCGUACAGCUUCCAGAUCAUGUGGCCAGCAUGACUAAGCCGCUUCUGGCGAACCAGAGCAGCACACGGAAACGCCGUUUUCCUUCCCGCCGGAGCAGUACAGUGGUACCUCGGGAUGCGAAUGGGAUCCACUCCGGAGCCCUGUUCGCAUCCCGAAUGGAACGCAAGAUGUGACAGUGCAUCUGCGUGUGCACGAGUCGCGUUUCACCGCUUCUGCACAUGCGCAUGAUGUCAUUUUGAGUGUCUGCGCAUGCGCGAGCGGCGAAACCUGGAAGUAACGUGCUCUGUUACUUCCGGGUCGCCGCGGAGCACAACCCGAAAAUAUUUAAGCUGAAGCGUAUUCAUCCCGAGGUAUGACUGUACCUAUUUAUCUACUUGCACUUUGACAUGCUUUCGAACUGCUAGGUUGGCAUGAGCAGGGACCGAGCCAUGGGAGCUCACCCAAUCGCAUAGGACAUGUCUAAACCGCACCACUUCAUAAGAUCAUAGAAUUGUAGAGUUAGCUGUGGUCUAAACCACUGAGCCUCUUGGGCUUGCCAAUUAGAAGGUUGGCGAUUCGAAUCCCCGCAACCAAGUGAGCUCCCGUUGCUCGGUCCCAGCUCCUGCCAACCUAGCAGUUCAAAAGCAUGCCAGUGCAAGUAGAUAAAUAGGUACUGCUGUAGCGGGAAGGUAAACAGCGUUUCCGUGCGCUCUGGCACUUGUCACAGUCCUCCGUGUACCAGAAGCGAUUUAGUCCUGCUGGCCACAUGACUUAGAAAGCUGUCUGUGACAAAUGCCGGCUCCCUCGGCCUGAAAGCAAGAUGUGCGCCGCAACCCCAUAGCCACCUUUGACUGGACUUAACCGUCCAGGGGUCCUUUACCAUCUAGUCCAACCCCAUGCAAUGCAGAAAUCUCAGCUAAAGAAUCCCUGAGAGAUGGCCCUCCAGUCUCAGUUUUAAAACCUCUAGUGAAGGGGAGACCAGCACAUUUUGUGGUCGUCCGUUCCACAGCUCUUACCGUCAGAAAGUCCUUCCUGAUGUUUAUCCAGAAUCUCAUUUCUUGUCAUUUGCAUUUGUUUGUAAUUUGUGUUGUGUUGGUUUUAUGCACCUGUUUAACUUGCCAUGCCUUUCCGGGAAGAAUUCUGAGGACUGAAGUUUCUCGAGGUGCCAAGGAUUGUUUUUCUUCUUCCCCUACAAAGCUACAGUUCUCAGUGUUCCCAGGGGAGAGGGGCUUUUGCCAAACCAUGUGAAUGGCAUAAUAUAUAUACUGUAUUUUUCGCUCCAUAAGACACACUUUUUUCUUCCUAAAAAGUAAGGGGAAAUUCUGUGCAUCUUAUGAAGCGAAUGCGUAGUCCCUGGAGCCGAAUUGCCCAGGGCAAAAAAAUCAUGCUUUUUUUUUUUUUUUUGGAAAGAGGGAAGUGGGUGUUGAAAAAAAGCCACUGGUCGGCAAGCGAUCAGGAGGGAGAUAAGGGAUGCUAGCAAUAAAGGAGGCUACCUGGGAGGUAAAAGCCCAUGGAUCCUCAGGAUUUUUGCAUUGGGUCACCCCAAAUUCACCAUCAGAUCACACAGCAUGUCCAUGGCUACAGCUUGCACCAAAAAAAUCACGCACCCACUGUUGUGUGGCACAAAAACAUGGUUACAAAGCACGGAUCCACAUGGAUCCUCAGGAUUUUUGCAUUGGGCUACCCCAAACAAAACCAUCAAAUCACAUGUCUGUGGCCACAGCAUGAACCACAAAAAUCAUACAUCCACUGUUUCGUUCAGAAUAUUUUAUUUCUUGUUUUCCUCCUCUAAAAACUAGGUGCGUCUUAUGGUCAGGUGCGUCUUAUGGAGCGAAAAAUACGGUAUAUAUGCCCAAGGGGUCAAGUUCAUAUAUCUUUUGUACAGGGAUGGAUAGAAAAGGCUACUUCCAAGUCCAUAUCAGUUUCAGAUGUGUUCAUUGCCUAUGUCUCUUCCAUCUUCCUUUCUGCGUUAUGAUUAUUUUUUAAAAAAUCCACAGGAGGUUGUGCGAAUUGUGAGCAGCCCUGAGACCUCUGGGUAUGGGGUGGUAUAUAAAUUAAAUAAAUAAAUAUAAAUUAAAUAAAUAAAUAUAAAUAAGAUAGAUAAAUAAAUAUAAGCUCCCUGCCCUCCACACAUGUGUGCAUGUUGCAUCUGAAACUGACUGGACCAGCCAUUGUAAUGUCCCAGUAACGCUGGGAACUGUUGCGAGGGAGAGAUGGAAACUUCUCCGCUUUUCAAAACCUCCAAUUCUCUGGAAUCCUACGGGAAAGCCAUGCAGGACCCAGGGGUGGGGAACCUCAGCCCCCAAAAACCUAAUUUUGGCCUCCUUUUACUCUUAAGAAUGCCUCUUUGCUGGCCUGGGUGGAGGACCAAGAGAGGUGAGUGUAGGAACGAGCCUACCGUACAAAGCUGAAAUUUACCUCCGUUGCUCUAACCAUUUUGGCCUCUGGUCCUGCCCCACUGCUGGCAUGUGCCCACACCAGCCCCCGAAGCUUGCCCAGAAGGGAACGUAGACCUUGAAAAAGGUUCCCCGCCCCUGAUAAAUCAAAUCUGCAUUGUUAACAGCCAGUGACCAUGGUAUGACCUGUCUUUUGAAACGGGUUCUCAAGUGUUAAACGCUCUGUGUCUGCUCUCUUUUGCCGCUUCAGCGAGAUUCUAGGGCAACUGCCCUCCGGAAAUAGGUCCCCGUUUCCUUUGCCACAAUCAGGGCUCUUGGCGAUGAGCGCUUGGCCUUGUGCUGAACCAAGGGGAGUGUAGCUGCUCAGACGUCUGUAGAGCAUCUAAGCUUGAAUAGGUUGCUUUUUCGCAUAUGUAAAGAUAGUCACCAUGUAUAUAUAUAUACCCAUGUUCCAAUAAAGGCAACCGACCC